GUAGCUUCACAGUGGCGGCAGACGGCUGCGAGCUCACAUGAUCUUUUAGGAACAACCCGCAGAUUUAGUUGAAAUUAGCCAUUUUAAUUCUACGUUUUUAUUAUGAAAAUGUGUUUAAGACACAACACGUCUCCUCACAAUGUCAACCGACACAUCGCGUGUUGCUGAUCUACUGUAGCUUCGGCUGUUUUCGGUAACUCGCGGGAAUGUUAUCGAGCAUACCGGGGGCUUUGAGGAGGUCGCCGGACAACAACAUCAGGGAAGUUGGGCUCUUUCUCUCCACAUGUCACAAAGGGACGAGAGUGAAAAUGACAUCUGGGAGUACAAGCCUCUCCAGAAGAAGAAGAAGAAGAAGAAGACAGAGACAGCACACUCUGCAGCUCCAACUACAAGAAGGUGCACCUCCAGGAAAACCUCCAGGAGAGCGAGUACUGCCCCCCCGGUCAGGACACCUCAGAGGGAUGAGACAGUCCAGACUGAUGGACGUGCAGGAUCUAGCACAUGUGUUAAUGUUGACAGUGUAGAGACUCUCCCUGUGUCCUCGGUGUUGUCUCCUGCCUGUGAGACAGGUCAGACUGACAGGGCUGCUGAGGGACCGUCUUCUGGUCACUUCUGCCCCAUGUGUCAGAUGCCCUUCUCUGUCCUGGUGGUGCAGAGUCAAAGAUGGCAUGUGGCCGAGUGCCUCGACUCCCCCAGGGACAAAUGCAAAGAAUGUCCAGAUGGUCUCUGGUGCUCCUCCACCAUCCCAAACCAUUACAAGAAUUUUAACCACACGCUUCUGGCCCAUAGUCGAGCAAAUAGCGACUCAUCCCUUCUCAGUCUGUCCCAGCAGGCAGAGACCAGCAAGGAGACCAGCCUCAGCUAUCUCCCUUGGCUGAUGAAUAAUGAUAUGGAUGCCUUGGAUUUUGAGACGUCGCAGGACAGUGCUGUUGGUGUUUCUGCCUCAUCCCCUCACAGUAGUAACACCGGAACACCUCUGUCUAAACGCACAAAUGGACUUCUGUUUCUGCGCUCCCCUGGCCCAGAGGAUUUAAAGAAAAAGAAAGGCUGGUCGUCCGCGACUAAAGGCCACAAAUCCAUCAGUGCUUCCCAAGAAAGUAAAACAGGGAUAUCGUCCACUCCAGUGAAGGAAGACAGUGCAGGACAAGCUUGUGAAGUUUUACCAAACAGUGAGCCGCCUUCUGAAGACAAUGAUGCCAUUUCCUACUCACCCCUGUCAGAGUUCCCUCCAGAGGCUAAAAUCAAUAACAGUGAGUGCAGAAAAAGCCUUUUCAAAAGUGAAGCAUUUGAAAACGAUGAUGAAGACUCGCUGACGCUGUUUAGUGACAGCUUUUCAAGUGAAGAUGAGCUCCUGACUCAGUUUAUAGGCAGCAUGGAAACCAACAAUGUGGCCGAGGACAGCCUGUCGUCCUCAAACAUCCAGCUGGAGUCAGUUACCUCAUUAGCUGAUUCCACUGGAGAAGAGGAAGCUCAUGGUAAAGCGGCCAAUGCCACCAGUCCGUGUACGAGUGUUAAGUCUCCGCAGAGUGUUGUUUUAGAGCGCCUGAGAGAAACUCUUCUAACCACAGACAGUCAGAAUAUCAAAGAUUCAAAAGAGGGCAUUCCGCCAAAGCAGGCCCUAGAAAACUCUCAUCAAGAACUUCCAUCUGAAACCUCCACUGUCCAAAGAUCUAAAACCAUGCCAGUGCAGAGGGGCCAGAGCCAACAUGGGCAGGCCUCCGCGCUCAAGCAGACGGACAUUGGAGUGUUUUUUGGCCUCAAACCGCUCAAGAAGAAGGAGAAGGAGGUCGAAAGUGGACCAAGCCAGCUCAGCACCGCCUCGAAUCCAGCACUCAGUGAGAACUGGGGACAGAGACAACAAAGGAGAACGUGGCAGAAGAAAAGUAAGGCUGACCCAACCGCGGCCGCCUCACAGGGGACAGCGACUGUAGAGAGCAGUGGUGCAGCGAGCACUCAGGGAGCCAGGAGAGGUUGGAGGGGAGGAUGGGGAAGAAAGAACAGAACUAAUGCUGAUGGAGAAAUAGAAUAUCCACGCUGUCCUUUCUACAAGAAGAUUCCAGGCACAAAGUUUGUCAUAGACGCCUUUCAGUACGGGCAGAUCGAGGGCAUCACUGCCUACUUCCUAACGCAUUUCCACUCAGACCACUAUGGAGGGUUGACCAAGAAAGCAACAGUUCCAAUCUACUGUAACAGAAUUACAGGGAACCUGGUGAAAAGCAAACUGAGGGUGGCAGAGCAGUACGUCCACAUUCUCCCUAUGAACACCCAGGUGACUGUGGAUGGGAUCAAGGUCAUCCUCCUGGAAGCCAACCAUUGUCCAGGAUCGGCCAUGCUGCUGUUCUUCCUGCCUGAUCGACAGAAGGUCCUCCACACUGGAGACUUCAGAGCUGAUCCCUCGAUGGAAACCUACCCAGAGUUACUCAGCUGCAGAGUGCAGACGCUCUACCUCGACACCACCUACUGCAGCCCUGAGUACACCUUCCCCAGACAGCAAGAGGUCAUCAACUUCGCAGUCAACACAGCGUUUGAACUGGUGACACUCAGCCCACGUACACUUGUGGUGUGCGGAUCCUACUCGGUGGGGAAAGAGAAGGUCUUUUUGGCGCUCGCAGAGGUCCUAGGAUCCAAAGUGUGCCUCUCCAGAGACAAGUACAACACCAUGUGUUGUCUGGAGUCGGAGCAAAUCAGACAACGGAUCACCACCGACGGGAAGGCUGCCCAGGUCCACGUGCUGCCCAUGAUGCAGAUUUCCUUCGACAAACUGCAGCAAUACCUGGCUCGGUUCUCACAACAGUACGAUCAGCUGCUGGCCUUCAAACCCACUGGCUGGACCUUCAGCCAAAAGGUGGAAUCAGUGGAAGACAUUCGACCUCAGAUCGAUGGCAACAUCUCCAUUUAUGGAAUCCCGUACAGUGAACACAGCAGCUUUCUGGAGUUGAAACGUUUUGUCCAGUGGCUCAAACCUCUCAAGAUCAUUCCCACGGUCAACAACGGCAGCUGGGCCAGCAGGAAGGCCAUGGAGAAGUGCUUCAGUGAGUGGCUCGUGGAGGCUAAAGCUAAACUGUAGCUUAUGGACCUGUGAACUGUGUUUAAAGACUGCUGCUGGUUCCCAUUUCCACAAAAACCAUGCGAGCACGGGGAACAGAUGCAUUUUAACGCCACGUAAUUUAUUGAAAUUGUUUUUGCCUCAGACUGGGGAGCUCAUAUUCAACACUGAUAUCCAAAGUACAAAGGUUUUUACUUUUAUCGACAAUGGGCUGAAUUAAAUAUUGUGUAAACAUUUGAGGGCGUAUAUCAUAAACCACAAGUGUUAAACAUUAGAACAGAAUUAACUGAAUGGUUACUAAUUACACCACUGUUGUCACAGAGGGUUCUGCUUUGCUUUUUGUUCUCCAAUGUAUGUAAUUCAAACAUUUUAUGUUGAGAAAAAUAAAUGUUUUAAUGACUCUUUUAA